AUGGCAGGAUACUAUGGACCAGUGAUGUCUGAAACUGCAAAAUUCUUCUCCCUGGUCGACAGAUUCUUUGACUGCCUGAAUGGCCGUUCACUGCAAGAGUCUGUCCGUGUUCGGAAACCGGAUCUGGCUCCUUACAAAGUACAAAAUGAUCAAAGAUUUCAGUUCCUGCAAAGAGAAUUCCUUGGAUAUCUGGAGCAGUGGAUGACGGCAGUAAAAAACAGACAAGGAUUUUCGAAAUCUGAACAAAACAAAAUGUUCCUCUCAUAUCAAACAUAUGAGGGGAUUGUUAUGACAGUCAAUGCUUUCAUAGAGGCAACUAAGUACCUGUUAGGCCAAGGACUACCAUACGUGUUAAGCCACGACUUCUGCCAGGAUCCACUUGAAGAGCAUUUUGGGAGGCACCGUGGCCUUGGAUCACGGCACGACAACCCUACUGCUCAUCAGUUCAGUUAUCAAGAAAACCAACUGCGAUUGCAGAGAGAUCUUGCAUUUACUGUUAAUCCGAAGGGAAAUACAGCUGGCAGAAAUGGGGAGAAGAGACCAACAGUUGUAUCCAACAGCCCAUUGAAACGCAUUAAAAGGCACUAAAUAUAAAAAAAAAAUAUUAAAGAAAUAUUGUUGUCUAGA